AUGGAGAGCGGUUUGAAGAAGCUAUGGACUCGCCGGAAGAGCAAAGGGAAUGACGGAAGACAAGACGGAUUCAGCCUUCUGAGGAAGAGCCAGAGCACUGACCACGCCCUCCGAUCGGCCAAUGCAAUCCCUCCGUCAAAGCAUACUCGUAAUGCCUCGACAGAUGCUCAAUACAAACCGAGUGUCAACAACAGAGUUCAGUCGGUAUUGGCUGGAGUGGCUGCGAGACCCUCAACCUCUUGGUCGCGACCUGAAACAGAUGGAAGCGGCAGCUUAAUGAAUGCCGUCAAUCUCGCAGCUGACGCCGUUGCCAAAUCAGGGCAAGAAUAUCAAUACCCUGCGGACAGAUACCCGAAAGACCAGGUCCGGCCCAAGACCCCUCGAUAUGUGGACAUUUUUUCCCUCGCGAACUCCCCCAGUCCAAGUUUGAGACCGGGUUACAAUGAGGACGUGGCCGAACGGAACCUGGACUUGGCUCGAGUCGCUCUCGAAGGCACUCACCAGUACAUGCCUUCAUCGAAGUUUCAAGAAGAAGUCGCCGCCAGGAAUGCAUAUCCUAAUCUCCCUGGUAGCGAUAGCAUUGAUAGCUCUCCGUCUGUCCGUCAAAAUGGGUUCCAUGGCAGCCCGUCGACUGGCCCGAUUAGAGGGAUAUCCAGCCCUGUGAGCAGCCACCCGCAUUCGCCUCAAAAAUUCGGGGAGCGACCUUUCUCCAGGCGCACUCAAAAUGUUCAUAGUUCGAUUGGGUCACACUCUCGACAACAAAGUAAUCGAUCCUGGGAUUCUCAGGGACUGGUGCAUGAAUUGCCGGCUUCGAGGCAUAGUAUCGAGGACCAUCGCCAGCAGCAAACACUGGCAAGCCCGGCGACAACAGUGGCGAGCAGUUCCCACGAGCCUAUACACGGCCAUCCAAGCGCAGGCUCAGCAGAGUUCUACCCUGCUAUCUUUCCUAAUGGUGCUCUCAGCCAUUAUCAACUUUCAGCCUCGGAAUUACCACGACUGAAGUCUAAUGAAUCACCCCAAAUGCAGCGGCAAGGUGUCGUUACAUCCCCAGAUCACUCGACGGAUUCCCAGGCCUACAGCCAUUCAGUGCGAUCGCCCUCAAACUUGAGUAACGCGUCUUCCGUGAAGCGAACAAUCAACCUGCCCAACCGAACAAUCAUGGAUUUGACCGGCAACGAUUCAGAGGUCUUCUCUGAAGGCUCUCCUCCGUCAAAUUACAGCUCUUCUCCUAUUCUGGAACAUGUCAAGGUCGAUACGACGCCGAAAGUUCAAGGAGCCGUCAUAUCUGGGACGUCCUCUGUUGAUGGCAAGACUGAAAUCAGUCUGACCCAAACAACAGGUCAUCCGCCUACCACGAUUCAACAGGCGGCCGCCGUUGGCAAUCUAGCAACUCACCGACCGCCGUCCGAGCCUCGGUCAGAACUGCCCAGGGCAGAAGAUCCUCCUCGUUGUCAUUUUGCCAUUACUUUUUCACCGAUCACCACUAUUGCAUCCGCAUCACCUCGAGCAAGCGUUGUUUUGGAAGCCCCGAAUACAUCCGGCCAAACAGGGCAGAUUCAACUCACCCCUGAAUUGGUCGAGUUGCAAAACCAACAAAAUGAAACCAAGGUGGCGUUACGCUCAGGCCAGCCGGGGCACCAAAGCGAUCGCGAACCUGAUCAUCCUUCAAGAAACAGUUUCACUGAGUUUGAGCAUCAGAACCCGCCGUCCGACAGAGAGAGUCGAAAUGGAGCUAUCGCUGAAAGCCAGGUUGGAAAGCCGGUUGAACCUGUAAUACAAGGGUCGCCGGCAAUUGCAUCAUUCGAGCCUGACCAUGAUCUCGAUCCAACGUUUUCGCGCCGCCCAUACGUUCACAUGGCUCCAGAAAGUCCAAACUCGACAGGGUUUGGUGAUCCGGUUCGUCCUUCCACCGUGAACGCUAGGGAAUUUACGAGCACUCCUGGCAGAUCAAUGCUGACAAGUGUGCCCGAAGAAGUAGAAGUCAAGAGUAAUGGUCACGCAACGUCGCCAGGAGAGCUUAUGACAGAGACAUUGCCAAGCCGCAGUCACCUGUAUAUCGACAGCGACCCUUCAAAGGAGCGACUUCAGUCUGCUCUCGGGUACCAGUCGACGUUUGACGAGAGCGAAUAUGCGCAAAAGCAAGCCAAGGCCCGUGCAGCUCUCAUUCGACUUCAGCAUAGUUUGAAUGAGGCUUUCCUCGCCCAUCCAAGUCCUGCGCCAGAUUCGCCAUCAACCAGAUAUAGCCCUUCCAAACAUGCUUACUCCUUCAGCGACGGGAGACCAGCUGCGCCGUCUACCAUCUUUUCACAGGUCAGACACUCACCCUCCCCGACAGAUGCGAUGGGCGAGGCUGACAGGCGAUUUGAGGAUGGUAGAAUGGAAACCUCUUACCACCAUGCGACGACGGUGUCGCGCGAGAAGGAGGGUGGAAAGGCUCGGAGAAAGAAAUCAUCCCGUAGUUCCGCCAAAUCCGAAGCCACUCACGAGAAGGGAAAGCAAAGAGCAGAAUCCGAGCUGAACGGGCCUGGUCCAUCCAUCGUCGAUGACCAAGAUAGCCCGAAGCAGCCGCUACACCUCCCGCCUCCUCUCCGCCUCAAUGGCCAUCCUUUUCAUCAUAAUUUGCAAUACCAGCCGCCAAGUCCAGGCGAGAUUUCCCUCUCGAACUUCCCAAUACCUGUGUCCUCUCCUCGCCAAUCAGUCAUUCGACCUCCAGUGACUGAGGACACUGAGAGACAACAGACGCCGACGCCAACCCAGCAGCACGCUCAUCCACAACAGGAUGCCACCACCGCUGCUGAAAUGAAAGAACGCAUCUUGCGGCGCCAGGCCAGUCAACGAAGUCAGGCAAGCGGCGGCUCGGCGUUUAGUAUUCCUCAACAUAUGAUCCCUGAUCGAUCAAGUAGCAGACGAGACCGAUCGGUAAUGGAGACCGACGAAUGA